CGACUCCCCAUCGACAAGACAAACCCUUUACUUAUAUGUUGAUUACAACACCUAACAUUAGUUGAAAUGCAUUUACUUCUAUCCAUUACCGACACCAACCAGUGGCUCCCUCCAAUGGCAACAGAGUUUCUCCUUUACUCGUUUCUUGCUCCUGCUGUCUUCUGCUGUACUGCUGCUUUGCUUGGACGCGAAGAGAUCUGAAUUAUAUUGUGGGGACCAAAUUGGUAAAACAGGAAAAAAAUGUGGGCUAGCUUUCCUAUGUGAUCAAAUCCCGCAAGCAGUACCUCUUUUUUCCUUUUCUCACCAUUUUACCAUCUUUUUUUCUUCUUCUUUCCAUUUAUGAAUACUUAGCACCGUUCAGAAUGUACCUUGGUUGCAGCAAUUCCUCACUCCCUAAAGAGCCGUCAACAGGAGACCUUGCUCCACUUUGUAUGAACAAAAACCAUGAAAGAUGUGUCUCGUGUAACCCCUUUUACACUCUGGAAUUUCAUAACUUCAAGGUCAGAUCUCGCCACCCAGUUGAUAAUUAUUAUUAGAACUGAAAAAGAAUGUUUAACAAACUAGUUAGCCUGGAUUAACCGAUUUUAUAGGCUUAUCGGGUUCUCUUAACUGAUCAAGUUCGAUUAGCCCUUAACGGUUUCGAUUUUAACCAGAACACCUAAAACCGUUAAUAAAAGACUGAUAAGUUUGUAACUUUGUAUGCAAUCAAAAAUUCAUUUUUGGUUUUCCCAUCUAAUCUGGCUGAAAACUUAAACCUGGUAAGGACUUACCAUUUUCGGUUCCUCAACGAUUUCGUUUUUGGGCAACUGGCUAUUUUGGGUUUCGGAUUCUAAUAAUUUUUUCGGUUAGGUUUAACCACCACUCCUAGUAUGGACGCAUGUUGUCCACGGCAAUCAAAGACUAGAGAGUGCAUCAGUCCUGUCGGAACCAUAUUAUAUUGGAGCACAUCUUCAUGUGAAUCGGAUAAAGCAUGACUAGAUAUUAUGCAAUAGUGUUCUCGAUUUCAUGAGUUUUUCAAAUAUUAAAAGAAAAAAAAAAGACUGAACUGAUUGCACUGUGAGCAAAUUUCGAUUCUCAAAUAUUAUUUACUUUUGACCUGGUUCUAUCAUAGUUUGAUCUAUUUAUCUACGUGACAGAACCGUUGCACAAGGAGAAAGUGACACAUAAAUGAUAUGUGUUGUAUAGAUAACACUGUUCUCCGAAAUCACCCUUCAAAUUUGAAAAUUCAUUUCAAAGAGCGUUGCAACCAUCUUUACUACAACUUUUUUCUUCCAGUAAGCACUCACUGUGCUCAGGGAUUACACUGUGAAAGUUUUGUUUUUCUCAAGCACAAUUGCCAAGUGUCAAAUCUAAGACUCAAAAUGCUGGCCGAAGCAUGCAUUUCACUAGUAUUAGACAAAAUUCACACCAUCCACGCUUCUAAUUGUAUCUUAAAAAAAAAUGAAUGUUUAUUAUUGGCAAGUGCAUUAAUUAACUAACCAAAACAAAACAUUAUCAUUUUAUCCAAACGCUUCCUCUGAAUAUAUAUAGAAGAAAGAAUCCAGCUUAAGGCAAGUUCAUUAACCACAAAAUAAGAUGUUUACUUUCUUGCCUAAUUUAAAAAAUUCAAAAGAUAAAAAGACUUUUCCUUCUGAUCUUUUGUAAUGUAAUAUACUAAUAUUGGUACUCACACUUGUUUUCUAAGCAUAAAUUAACCAUGAAAUUCGAGUUGCGACCAACGGAAAUUAAUAACUUUUAAAUGUAGUGUGCCAAUAUGACUUGUAUAAUGAUAAUAACAUGACAACAAAACUUAGACCACAUCGUUAUAUGAAUCCUUUAAACUUCUACAUAUACCCUUGCAUACCCGCUCUAUACCCGGUCAAGAGAAACAAAAAUUAAUGCUAGCACUAAAUUGUAUCAGUCAAAGAAAAUAAAGUACCAAAUUGUAAAUUGGAUCAGAUGCACGGGACGUGGAAAACCGUCAACUCUAGACGGCAAUAUCAAUGAGUGCGGAGGCAGCUGACGAGGAGAGAGAAAGCAAAUCGAAAGUGGCAUAACUGUAAUAUACGGAACCAUCAAUGGUAAAUUCGCAGCUGGAUAUAUUUACUUAUAUAAACAGCGGCGAGUCAAGCAAAAAACCAACACUCGGUAUCAAAUCACCGGCUUCCGCCACUGAAUUCAGUCUCCAAUCUCCAUUAGCUUCUUCCCUCUUUCUCGAUCAACAAUGGCGAUGGCAUUCCAGAUGGCGGCGAGCGGGAUGUGGGUGAGCGACGAGUGCAGGAACUCGUUCAUGGAGAUGAAGUGGAAGAAGGUCCACCGCUACAUCGUAUUCAAGAUCGACGAGAAGACAGGGCUAGUCGCCGUCGACAAGGUAGGCGGCGCCGGCGAGAGCUACGACGACCUCGCGGCGUCGCUACCGGAAGACGACUGCCGCUACGCCGUCUUCGAUUUUGACUUCGUCACCGUCGACAACUGCCGCAAGAGCAAGAUCUUCUUCAUUGCCUGGGCACCUGCGGCGUCGAGGAUCAAAGCAAAGAUGUUAUACGCAACAUCAAAGAUCGGAGUGAAGGGAGCAUUGGAUGGGAUCCAUUAUGAGCUUCAGGCGACCGAUCCAACCGAGAUGGGGUUUGAUGUGAUCAAGAGUCAAGCCAAAUAAAUUAAUUAAGGGGUGUGUGGGAACUAAUCAACUUAAAGAGUAUUAAUAUAUAAUCGGUUCAUUAGAGAAUCAUUGAGGGAGUUGUUGGACUUCCCAUGGUUACUAAUGAAUUGAUGAUUAUAGGAUUAAUCAUACUUUCUCUUGUUGUUAAUAACUCCCCUAAGUUCCUUUACUCAUGUAACCAGCUAAUUUGGUGAGAGUUAGGGAACCCAGCCUUUUGGGUUUCUACCUCAUUCUCUCCCCCCUUGUGCUCUUUUUGACUAGUUAAUCUCAUCUUAUAUAGGAUGCACUAGACAAAAUAAUAGUGCAUCUUGCUU